AUGGCGGAUGCAGCGUCGCACGCGGCGGGCUUGAUAGACCUCCUGUCGAAGCUCCAGUCACGACUAUCACCCGACGAGCUCGGACGGGCGCAGCAGCAUCUGCAAUGGCUGCAGGCCGUCAAGGGAUCUUCCACGUCAGCAGACGAAGCGACAGCUGCGGAGGCGGACCUUCGAGAGAUGAGUGGAGAGGUGGUGAGCAGCAACCCGUACAGUCGUCUCAUGGCCCUGCAGCGCAUGGGCAUUGUUCACAAUUACCAAGACAUCCGAAAAUACACCGUCGCUAUCGUGGGAGUGGGAGGAGUGGGCAGUGUGGCGGCGGAGAUGUUGACGCGGUGUGGCAUCGGUCGUCUGCUGCUGUACGACUAUGACAGCGUCGAGCUCGCCAACAUGAACCGCCUCUUCUUCCGCCCCGACCAGGUGGGCAUGACCAAGACAGACGCUGCAGUGCAGACACUUCAAGGCAUCAACCCGGACGUUGGCCUUGAGAGCUACACGAUCAACAUCACGACAGUGGAGGGGUUUGAGCGGUUCACUGCGAGCCUGACUCACCCGUCGGAGCGCAGCAAGAGCCGCGUGGACCUGGUGCUGUCGUGCGUUGAUAACUACGAGGCGCGCAUGGUCGUCAACCAGGCGUGCAACGAGCUGAAGCAGGUGUGGAUGGAGUCGGGAGUGUCAGAGGACGCAGUAUCGGGCCACAUCCAGCUGCUCAUUCCAGGCGAAACUGCCUGCUUCGCCUGCGCUCCUCCUCUGGUGGUGGCAUCGGGUGUGGAUGAGCGCACGUUGAAGCGGGAGGGUGUGUGUGCGGCGUCACUGCCCACCACCAUGGGCAUCAUUGCAGGGCUGCUCGUGCAGAACACCCUCAAGUUCCUCCUGCGCUUCGGAUCCGUCACGCCCUACCUUGGCUACAGCGCGCUCAAGGAUUUCUUCCCCACCAUGCGCAUGCUGCCCAACCCCCACUGUUCCAACGACAUGUGCUGCAAGCGACAGGCUGAGUACGAGGCUGACAGGCCCAGGCGAGAAGCAGCCGAGGCAGCAGCGGCGGCGGCAGCAGCAGAGGAGGAGAAGCUUAAGGAGGCGGUGCCGGUGCAUGCUGAGAACGAGUGGAGCAUCAGUGUGGUUGAAGAUGAUGUUCCCGCCUCAGCUUCAUCUACUGCUGCAUCGGCACCACCAGCGGCAGUGCCAUCAUCUUCACAAGCAGAGCAGCUGCCAGAGGGACUCCUGCGUUCCUUGCCACAAGCAGACGAGGUGGCGGCUUCUGCAUCCGCAGAGGAUGUGGUGUCACCUUCUCAGUUUUCUGUCCGCGUCGCCAGUUGCAUGGCCUGUGCAGCCUCCAGACUCACGCUUCGUGCGACCGUCGCGUGGCAGCAAUCCAUUGGCGGGCGAGCAGCCGGUAACUCGGCUCGCGGGUCGUCCGUGUCGUCGCUCCGAAGGUUCUCCUUGCCCGCUUUGGUCCACGCGACAUCCGCCAAGCACCAGCGCGUGACUUUUCGCGCUAUGGCAGCGGCACCAGAGGCAGCAGCGGCGGGAACGGCAGCAGCGGUGGAGAAGGAGUCAGCGAGCAAUAACCCGGGACUGGUGGAGGAUGUGGACCCCGCCACCAGCAAAUACAUCAUGCAGCAGACGAUGUAUCGCAUCAAGGACCCCAAGGCUAGUCUGCACUUCUACUCCUCUGUGCUUGGCAUGAGACUGCUAAAGCGUCUUGACUUCCCCGAGGCAAAGUUCUCCCUCUACUUCAUGGGAUAUGAGCAACCGGAGGAGAUUCCAAAGACGGAGGAGGAGAGGGUGAAGUGGCUCUUUACUCGCAAGGCCACCAUUGAACUCACACACAACUGGGGCACGGAGGCAGACCCUGAUUUCAAGGGCUACCACAAUGGCAACUCCGACCCCAGGGGCUGGGGCCACAUCGGUCUGAUGGUGGACGACGUGUACAGCGCGUGCGAGCGGUUUGAAAAGCUGGGGGUGGAGUUUGUGAAGAAGCCCGAUGAGGGGCGCAUGAAGGGCCUGGCGUUCAUCAAGGACCCCGAUGGCUACUGGAUCGAGAUCCUCGACUCUCACCACAUGGGCCAACUGCUCUCUGCCUGA